AUCUCUAUCAGCUUUGAGCAAAAUUAGUAUCUUGUACUGGUGGUCAAACAGACAAGCGAGCGAAGACCUUUUUGUUGUCGAUUCUCGCAAUGAUUUAGGUCUUCAUAAAGAGUAUUAAGCUAAGCGUAAAGUUUCGCAUCACCCAUCGCUGGACAUGGAUAUCCUGGACAUCGAUGAGGCACUUAAGGAUGAUUCAUAUAUAUUUCUGGCGGAUAAGACCCACGACGAUGUGUCCAACAUUUUGCAGCAGUGGAAGACGAACAAUCAGCCGCCGUUGCCGCUGCAACAAUUGCACUUGCAGUACAACAACGAGGCCUUCAAACACAAUUCGAAGACCUUCACCCGCCCCAAGCGUCGGAAUCUCGAUUUCAGCCAAAAUGGAGCAGCAAACGACAGUGCAGUCGGCACCGGAGCAGUAUCGGGUACCCCGGCGAUGCUCCAGCUGGAAAUUGGCGGUCUGGUCACCACGAAAAUGCACAACUCCUUCCUCCAGGACACCUCGCCGCCGUCUUCCAUAUGCUCCUCCAUGAACACGGAACGGAUGAACAACUCGUUGAUAACCUCGGCGGACUUCACGAACUUAAACUUUCUUCAAUCCACAAUUGGCUUAGAGCAGGAUCCGAGUCUAACCACCACGCUGACCAACCAAACGACGGACAACAUGGGAAUUGGCGGAGGAUUGGGUGGCUAUACGCUCAGCGAUAUGAUCCGGGAUCGCAAGGCGCUGGAGUCGCUGACCCUGUGCGAGGAUGAUGGCACUUUGAUCAAAGACUCGCACAUCGGUCAGAUCGACGAGAUAUCGCUGACGCUCAGCAAAACCGCCUCCGGCUGCAGCACUAUGGACAACAGCACAGACAGCAUGUCCAUACCUUUGGCCGCGGAGCGAACAGUGCCCGCAGUGAUGCCCGUAGUUUGCCCUGCCCUGCAGCGAACCAUGAUUCUGGGCGAGGAGAUGAUUGGCGACACUACCUUUAACCUGGUGGAUAGCCUAACAACCUCCGUCCUGCAAUCAGAGUCCGAGUCCCUGCCGGUGGAUGGAAACGCGACCUUUAAGAGGCCCAAUGCGGGUAUAGCUGCAGCGGAUGAGACCCAGUUGGUGGCAGGUCGCCAGAUGAACACCACCUUUACCGACACCGGCUGCAACACUCCAGAGGGCCGCUGCGAAACCCCCGAGAAUAUCGACCGAAAGCUGGCCUUGCUCACCAUGGAAUCUUCCACGCCACUGACCACAAACAUUCGCUCACACUGCUAUCACAACAAUAACAAUAAUAAUAAUAACAAACAGGGAUACACGCCCACACUGAAGGGACGUGGAGACAUGAACCUGUCCCCGAUUGUGGGCGCAACGCCGCAGAAACCAACUGGAGCAGCACCAGGACGACUGAACAACACCUUCGAGCCCGCGACCAAAACAGCUCCAUUCAAUGGGGAGAAGUUCGUGCUGGACACCAUGGAGCUGUUGGAGCAGAUCGAACAGCCGCUGGAUGGCACCUACAGCCUUCAAAUGUCCGAACAGCACAAGCAGAUGCAGUGCGUCAUGGACCUGGCCGAGGCGGAGGUGGAGAUGUUGGCUCAGCAGGGCGACGAGGAGCAAUUCGAGCAUAUGCUUGCCGAGCUGGGAAAGGUCAACACGCUGAACAAGGAGCAACUGAAGAUGCAAAAGUCGCUGGAAACCAUCAAGCGGCGUUUCCACAGGGAUGAGCCGGAGCCCGAGGAGCGGGAAGAGGUGCAGCAAGCACAACAGCCUGCAACCGAAAAGGUGGAUACUCCGGUGCUCAACCAGAGCCACUCCAGCAGCAACAGCAGCGGUGGUGGUGGCAGUGGCAGUGGCGAACGGCUGCUCAGUCGUCGGAGUCGUCUCUACGAUGAUGUCAACCUGAGCGCCAUGCACGCCAGCAAUGCCAGUUCGGCCAGCGCCAACUCGGCCUCGUUCAUUGUCCAGCGAAGAGAUGGGCACCAGGUGGAACAGUCGUUACCCGAACCGGAUCCCGAACCAGCGGAGGAGCCUCCCAAGUCCCAGAUGGCCGCAGAGACUGACCCGUCCAGCUACAAGCUGCCGGAGAGAAGGGAGCGGGAUCGAGAUCGUUUCAAGACCAUUAAGAUUUCGAAGGAGAUGCGCCUGCAGCAGGAGAUAAUUGUGCCUUGUAUAGACGAUGAGCCGCAGCAGUUGGAGGAGGUGGUUCAGUUGGAGCAGGAGGAGGAGGAGCAGUCGCAGAGGCAGGGUUCCCCACCAGGUCGCCUAUCUCGUCGAGAUCAAAAUACCGUAUUUAACAACAACAAGGCAGAGAGUAGUGCAAGUAACUAUUUGACCUACAAGAAGCCCAAGGAGAAGAGCCUCCUCCAACGGCGACCGCUGCAGCAGGAAGCUCCUCCGCCAGCAGAGCCCGCGCCCGCAUCCACUCUUCCCCAGCCACGCUCCCUCUCCCGUCCUCGCUACAUCAGUGGUCUGCAGAAGUUUACGACGGUGAGCAAGGCCACAUCCGCCGGAGCCGGUCUGAAUGCCACUCCAGCCGCCUCGGUGCCAGCCACUGUCACAAUGCCAGCAACCGCAGGCGGCGAGCUGAAGAGUCCCAUGGGCAUCAAGUCCAAAUCGUUCCACAAUUUGUCCUCCACGAUGAGUGGCAUUGGUGCUGGAACCCUUCCAAGACCCAGCUUGGGGGGUGGUGGACUGCGUCGACCAGGCGCGCAACCAAGCAAGCUGAUGGGCGGAUUGCGGGAACCAACGCAAGCCCAGGAGGAUGACUCUGCUGUAUUUAAAGUGCCCAAAUUGGUCAGCGGACUGCGAGCACCUGGAUUAGCUGGUGGGAAACGAGUUGGAACCAAUGGACUUGCUCGUCCUUCAUCUGGGUAUUACAGCCUGAGUGUUAAAACUGCUACAGAGGCGGAAACUCCAGAGAGCCUCUCCUCAGCCUCCUCGCGUGGUAGCCUCUAUGGCCACAAGGACUCCGGUAGGCCGGUAAAUGGCGGCAAUGUUCCUCAGCAGAGCUUCGACAUGCAGGCGCUGACCUCGAAGCUGACCCAGGUGACCACGGGAUCCACUGGCAUUCCCAAGCCCUCGGGUUUGCGACCACCUUCGCAAAUGAAGCGCAGCGGCCUUCCACGGCCGUCCAGCAUUGUUAGGCGCUGAUAGCCGAUCACUUUCUCCGCCGCCGAUUGCAUAUGUCACAGCCCCGCCUUGAACAGGAUUUCCAUGUUAUCCCUAAAAUAGUCUGUCCCAUUUUUGUACUUUGUGUUUAGCUCUCUUUUGUGUUUACCAUACCCGCAAUCAAGCUCCACUUGCUUAGUGACUUGGCUACACUAGCAAUUACGUUUAUGAAUUAAUCUUACGAAAAAUUAUGCAUUUAGUUGAACAAUACGAAAACAAAGAACUUGGCGACUUGUAAAACAAUUAGACACUCUUAGAAACCCCCUCUUGCAGUUAUACAUACAUAUAUAUAUAUAUAGAACAAAUACAUAAACACGAACUUUGCCUUACGAAUCAUAAUAGACCGAACGAUUGAGGGUUGAGAAGAAAAGAUAUAAGCGAGAAAUGAUAAUAGCUGUAUAUUUUUGUAAAAGCAAUGCGAAAAUUCUACGAACGUUAUUUUUUGUGGAUGCAUAGAGUGCUGCGGCAAAUCAAGCAAGCAAUUCGAAUAAAUAAUAAUAAUUAACAAAAACAUACAAUAAGAUCUGCUCAGUGGCCACGAAACCACAAAAAAAUAAUAAAGAACGAAAGAAACCAAACUAAAAUUGAUAGUAACUAAUAAGAGUAUUGAGAAAAGUGUUAAAAAUCGAACUUACAAUAUUAUCUAAUAUUAUCGCAUAUAUAUACAAAUACAAAAACAAAACAAAAAUAAACGAUAGCAAUAUACAUUGUCUCGUCAGAAACUUCUGACCGGUUUAUUUUGUGCUAUUACUAGCUCCGAAUCGAAAACUAUUAUACUCGUAAUUUUAUAAGGUGCAGAGUAUAUUACUAUUCCCUUUGUAUCCUAAAAAAAUAUACCUACUUUUUCCCUACUUAUGUGCUAUAUACAUAAUAUAUAAAUUCUUCUAAAGCAUCCGAAAACAUUCUGUUUUUAGUUACUUUUGUGUUGCCAAAUUGAAAAGUGAAACUAAUCUUUUGUUAGUUACCAACGAACAAUUUCUUAAUAAAACUAUGCCGCAUUGUGCGAAAAGUGUAUGAACCUAAAAAUCUUCAAUCAAUUGAAGCUUCACAUAUGCAUAUCCUAAGUUAAGUUUAGUCCGCAUUGUUUAACCCUAGCGUAGUAUUAGUUUAAUCUGUAAAGGCCCUCUUGCAGGGUCAAGUAUUGUUCCAUCCUCAUCAACCGACUAAUAUUCAUACAAGUAACCCAAACCAAGCCUCUACUUUGUAUCCUAGCGCUAACCCAUUAAGCUUUAACCCAAUUAGGUGAUGAUUUGCAUGAAUCGAAUUUAGUUAGCCACUAAGAUUAGUAUGGACUAUUAUUUUUGCUAACGCUUUCGUACGAGCCUUAUAACGCAGCGGGUGAGAUCCGUGUGGUUUUCCCCCCAAGUAUCAUGUUAAGAAUGAAACCGUUCCAGCAAGUCUCUUUUUUUGACCAAGCCAGAGACAUUCAAAUAAAAGCCACGAGAUUUGUGCUAAAAAA